GAUACCGGAAAAUAAACCAACAUGGCAACUCCGAGCGCGCUACCGGCGUCGUCUGCGCUCUUCGCCCGCCGCGAUGUACCCGGUUUCCCUUCGGUUCCUCUGUCUGCUGAUGCCGCUCCGUUCACGCCUCAAGGGGCUGACGUGUGGCAGCGUGGCACAUGGUCACAGACGGAGGCAGAGCGCCUCUUUUGUCGCUGCGCCGCUAAGCUCCGAGGGCUGCGGCCGGACUCGAGCCACCUACGGGAGGAGCUCAACCUCCUUUUCGACCAGCUCAUCUCCGAGAACUUCAAUCGCAACUUGGAGCCCAGCAUAAACAUUCGGCCGGAGGAUGUUUGCAUCCUGCUCGUGAAUGCCAGCCGUCUGGUACCGAUGAGUCAAGAACAUUUGAUUGUCAAGUUGUGCAAGCUCGUGCAUCACCUCCUCAACCAGCUCAAAGUAAUCAUGGAUGAGCAGACGCUGGACAGCCUGCUGAAGUACAUAACGGCAGGAUUGGAAACGUGCAGCACGUGGACGCAUCUCGGAAUCCUGCAGGCACUAGCCACCGUUGUCUAUGGCAACGGACCACAAUGCCACCAGCACCUCGACAACCUACUGGGCAUUGGUGAGAUCCUCCUGCGCUACAGUUCCCCCUCUCAGCCAGAUAUGGAUCUACGCCAUGUGGCCCUCACUUGUAUGGCCAACAUUUGUGUCAGAAUUUCCGGUCAGCCGCCGCUGGAUGACAAGCACAAAAGCGUGUGCUUCUCAGUCUUCCUGCAAACGCUGCAGGAGGACCGACCGGACGACGCUGACGAACUCUUUUACUGCAUUGUGAUCCAGGCUGCCCUGAAAGGACUCCACUGUUGUCUAUUGGGUGGGAAGUGGAAGUUUGGCGGCGACGAGGUGGUCGGAUCGGUGCUGGCCGCUCUCAAGAGACUCAUGUUCCAGGGAGCGCCGGGCGUGAGCGUGGAGUGGCCCGCCGUCCUUUACCCAGCACCUCUCCCGCACUACGAGUCCCCCUCUGCGCCCAAACCCGACCACGAAGCCCCAAAACCGACAGAAGCGGCGAAGGACGGCGGCGGGAAAGCGUCCGCGAACAAGAAGAGGCGGUCCAGAGGGAAGGUUAAGAAGGCCAGCGCGGAGGAGAGCAGACGUGACGACGAGGACGACAGCGAAACGGCGGCGUUAGCGCCUCACAAAGCAGGAAGCGCCACGGUUUCUCUCUACCCCUCCUGGAAGCGGAACACUUCCGAUUCGGAGUUUUCUGACCCGGAAGGCAGCGCGCAGAGCAAGCUAAGGCUUAGUCACGCUCGUGUACGCCAGGGGGCGCUGCACUGCCUGUUGGCCGUGGUCAAGUGGGUGGAAAAGCGGACCCUGUACGGUUACUGGUCCUCGUUCAUUCCGGAAGCUCCUGUCGGAAACGGAGCGGCACCCCCGCUCACUCUGCUCACCAUCAUACUGAAAGACCCUUCGCCCAAGGUCCGUACGUGCGCGCUCCAGGCGCUGUCCGCCAUGCUGGACGGUUCCCGGCAGUUCCUGGCCGUGGCGGAGGACACGGCAUCGCCGCGCACCUCCUUUACGCCCUUCUCUUUCACCCUGGCCGCCGCCGUUCGAGAACUGCACCGCUCCCUCAGCUUGGCGCUCAUGGCCGAGACGUCGCCGCAUACCCUCACGCAGGUCAUCAAGUGUUUGGCCCAUCUGGUGUCCAACGCACCGUACCACCGUCUGAGGCCCGGCCUGCUCAGCUCACUAUGGAAGCAGAUACGACCGUAUGUGCGCCACAGAGAUGCGAACGUGCGCGUGUCGGCCCUGACGCUCUACGGCGCCCUGGUGACGACUCAGGCGCCGCUUCCCGAGGUGCAGCUGCUUCUCCAGCAGCCAGAGGGCAGCAGCGCAAGCGGCGGCUCCUUCACGCCGCAGGACUCCCGCGCCCUAAACUGGCGACAGUCGAGCGAAACCUCCUCGCCUCGGGCACCUCGCACACCUAAGGAGGCGGAGGGCGGCCCGCCGUGGCUGCUGAAGCUUUGCGCCGCGCUGGUGACGCAGCCCAGGGAGGAACAGUCGGACGGCGAGGGCGUCGGAGGCCUGGCCUUGGAGCCGUCGCCCGUGCGACUGGAGGCCCUGCAGGUGCUUUCCCACCUGGUGCGAGGUUACAUCUCGCUGACCCAAGCUUGCCUGUGCGAAAUCGGGCGGCUCAGUGCUCGCUGCUUAGCCGAGAGCGACCCUUCCAUACAGCUCCACGGCGCUAAGCUGCUAGAGGAGCUCGGAACCGGAAUCAUUCAACAGCACCAGGCGGACAGCAAGGUUCCAGAGGCCACGCGGGUCCCCCUGAACCAAGUGGUGGAGUUCUGGACGGAGGUGCUGAGUGGGCCACUGAACGGUGCGCUGCAGAACCAGCAGCAUCCCACGCUGCAGACCAGCGCGUGCGAUACGCUCGCCUCGAUCCUGCCGCAGGCCUUCGCUCAGCUGCCUGACAAAAUGCAGCUGAUGUGCAUCACCGUCCUGCUGGGCCUCACCUACAGCGACAGCGACCUAGUCAAGAUGGCGGCCGUCAGGGCUCUGGGCGUCUAUGUGCUCUUCCCUUGCCUAAGAGAGGACUUGAUGUUUGUGGCGGACACGGCCAACGUCAUCCUGGCCGCCCUGGACGACCGAUCCUCCAACAUCCGCGCCAAGGCCGCCUGGUCUCUUGGUAACCUGACGGACACGCUCCUCGUCAACAUGGACUGCGUGGAAGUCGACUUUCACGCCGAGAUGUCGGACAUGUUGCUGCUGAAGAUGCUGCAAGCAGCCACGCGAGCGGCGGCUGAUAAAGACAAGGUGAAGUGCAACGCUGUGCGAGCCCUCGGGAACCUGCUGCAUUUCCUGCACGAGGGUCAGCUAAGCCGUGCGGCCUUCCGGCAGCCUCUGGAGGACGCAGUCAGAGCCCUGGUCAAGACGGUGCAGUCUGUGGCCACCAUGAAGGUGCGCUGGAAUGCCUGCUAUGCUCUGGGCAAAGCCUUCAAGAACCCAGACCUGCCACUUGAGUCCGCUUGCUGGUCCGGUGACGCCUUGGCCGCCCUCUGCAACGUGGUGGCCUCUUGCAAGAAUUUCAAGGUCCGCAUCAAGUCGGCCGCCGCCCUGGCCGUGCCCGCCCACCGUUGUUGUUACGGCGACGUUGAGCGCUUCAGCCGCGUAUGGUGCUCGCUGGCUGCGGCACUCCAGAGCAGUGAAGACACCAGCAACUUCCUGGAGUUUCGCUACAGCGCCAGCCUUCGCCACACGCUCUCGCGGGCCCUGCUGCACCUGCUGCGUCUCGGGCUGCCAUCGGACCUACCUGCGAUCGCUGCCUCGCUGGCUGGUGAGGAGGGCAGCGGAGUCAGGGAGCACCUGCUCAAGUACCUGCGUGCCGAGGGGACGGCGGGGGAGGAGAAGGACGCGGCGGUGGGGGAUGCUUUGGAUCCGCAGCAAAGAGUCGAUAGCCUGCAGCAGACGGUUCAACGGUUGAAGGCUAUGGAGGCCGAUACGGAGGAGCAGAAGAGUGGGAAAGAGGUGGUGAUUUGCUUCUUGGAAGAUUUGCUGAAAGACUGCGAGAAACCCUGAAGAACUCACGAAAUGGACACCCAUGUGCCUUAACAGCAGCAUUUCAUCAUACGCUAUGAACAGAAUGCCUUCUAUUUUUUUUAAAUGUAAUUUCAUUUAAAAACUCAUGUCACCGAAA